UGGAGGGAGGUUUGGCUGGAUGACCGAAUGGCAGCUUUUACGCAGAGGGUUGUCUCACCUGCUGAAACGCACUUCACCGUUCAGCUCAACAGAGCCAUCUCUCGCUCUCACCUCCAAUUAGUAUCCAGCGCUGCGAGGUCAGCGCUUCGUUCUCGCUGUGCUCUCCGGGUUUGUUUUGUUUUGUCUCCUGUUUUAUUUUGAUGCGACGGGCUUGGGGGUGUCCUACCGUGCCAUUUGCGUAUGGAUCGCCUCUGCCAGAGUAGGCGAACAAAGCGCAUCGAGUCUCUCCAGAGAACCGCCUGCCCCCCCAAAAAAUCACGGAUUCUGUAAGUACUCCGGAUUUAGCGUCUUCUGUUGUUCUUCUUGUUGUCAGGCUUCCUUGUGUCUAGUUCACGGGGGAAGAACGCGCUGUUAAAGAUGGAUACGCUCUUUCUUAGCCUGACGGAUGGGCAUUCAAUUUAGGGAACACCCGAUCUCACUGUUGGACAGAAAUAAUGGCAAGAUUUUUGGAUAGCUCUGGACACGUUGUUGGUUUCCUGGGAGUAGAACAGGCCUGUGUCGAUGCUUGACAACAACAACAAAAAACCAGUCCACUACUGCAGUAUACAUAGCCUACAAACAUUUCUUUCCCCACGGCGUGAAUUACCAGAUGACAAAAACACAUCCGUGUACUGAUAAAACAUACUGACAAACACACAACCGAUAAAACUAUGGAGCACACCGGGAUCGAGGAGGUGAACCAGACGCACCAGCAGCAGCAUGAACCCAUCAGCUUCGGGAUCGACCAAAUCCUGAACAGCUCGGACCAAUCCAGCGGCUGCAUGCUGCCCAACCGGACCGGCGACCCGGAUUACGCGCUGGCCUCCAACGUCUACAGCAACGGGUACAACAGCGUGUACAACCCGGCCUGCUCCAUGGCUGCGGCGGCGGGUCUGGCCGGCUCCUACAACGUCAACAUGAACAUGAACGUCAGUAUGAACAUGAACAUGAACGUUAACGUGAACUCGGGCGGCGCGGGAGGGGUGAUCAGGGUGCCGGCGCACAGACCCAUGCCACCUCCGCCUCCGCCGCCCGCCGCCGCCGCGCCUCAUCCGCCCCCUUCGACGCAUCCGCCGGGCAUCGGACCCGGCAUCCCCUCGGUGCCCGGGAUGGGGAUGGGAAAUGCGGCAAACUUCACCUUCCCGUGGAUGGAGAGCAGUAGGAGGUUUGCCAAGGACAGAUUAACAGGGGAGCAGGCAGAGGAGAGCCGAGCCGGAGAGGCCACAGGGGGCCUGGGGGCCGCCGGGUCCCUCUGUCCUCUCCCCAAGGGAGACAUCGGCAGGGUCCCUGUCUGGAGCACUGUGGAGACAUUAGCCAAAUGCUAUUACCCCGAGCUCGCUCACCUGCGAGACGGCAAUGGCCUUCUAGCAGACUAUCCUUUCCCAAAGGGGGCUUGCCCAGCUGCCCUCUCGCCCUUCUCUGUGACCCGCCGCAUUGGCCACCCUUACCAGAACCGGACGCCGCCCAAGAGGAAAAAGCCUCGCACCUCAUUCAGCCGGGUGCAGAUAUGCGAGCUGGAGAAACGUUUUCACCGGCAGAAGUACCUGGCGUCAGCUGAGCGCGCCACUUUGGCUAAGGCCCUGAAGAUGACAGAUGCACAAGUCAAGACCUGGUUUCAGAACAGACGGACAAAAUGGCGGAGACAGACUGCGGAGGAGAGAGAGGCAGAGAGGCAGCAGGCCAACCGGCUGAUGCUGCAGCUUCAGCAGGAAGCUUUCCAGAAGACGUUGAGCCAGCCUCUGCAGCCGGACCCACUCUGCCUGCACAACUCCUCCCUCUACGCCCUGCAGAACCUGCAGCCCUGGGCAGAAGACAAUAAGGUGACCUCCGUCACCUCCGUGGCAUCUGUAGUGUGAGCGUGUGUUUGUAUGUGUGUAUAGGAGAGAGACAGAGAGAGAGAGGGAGGGACAGAGGGAGGGGAGAAGCUGGGAAUGAAAUGUGUGUAUCAGAUUGUCGUCAGUGUGAAUGGACAAAAAGGGAGGAAUCUCUUCAUUCUAUCUCUGACGUGGCUGACGUUCAGAAACGCAGCACCAUUAUGGGAUUGUUAUAGAUACAGGAAAAUGAUGCUUGCUUUGGAAAAAAAAUAAUUAUUUGAAUGGACAUUGUGCUUCCUCACUCAUUGAUCGUUACCAGCAACAUGGUGGGGGAGCAUGCGUAGAGAGAGACAGCUAUCUGUUACUGCCAAGACCUACAAAACACUGUAUGCGGACUUCACCACACAGGAGCCGCACUGACAUUGCUGUUUGUCAAAAUUAAGCAAGUCUGCAACUGUUAUCUUAAAUAUCUAAAGUAUGUUGAGUCAUUUUCCUGCCUUACACCAAGUUUCCGCUUUCC